AUGGCCAAACUCUUUAAAAGCCACAACCUUAAUCUGGAUAUAAAAGUAAGGCUCCUACGAUGUUAUAUCUUCUCGACAUUAUACUACGGAGUUGAAUCCUGGGCACUCACUGAAGCGAUUGAGAAAAAACUUGAAGCCUUUAAGAUGUGGCUAUACAGAAGAAUUCUAAGGAUAUCAUGGACUGAAAAGAUAAUCAACGAGACUACUACGAAGGAUGGGGAAAGAAAGAGAAGUGAUGUAUACAAUUAAAAACAUUUAAUCUAUUUAAAGCAUCAGUUAAUAUAAUAAUUAUAGCCAGAAUGAUCGCCAAUAUUCGAAACGAAUAG